AUGAGGGAUUUGAAGCAGAUCCCAUUGAGAAGUCAGGACAGACAAACUUUGAGACGCUUCACCUCAGAGGGUCUAUCAGAAACUUCCAGCAGGAAAGUCCAUGGGGAUGUUCUUCGCGUUCGAGGAGGAGGAUCGCUUGACUUCAGCCGUCCUGAGACGGUCUUCAACACAUACCUAGCAGGGCUCGCAGCAUUUUGUGCUCUGUUGAGGGUUGUUGGACUCUCGGGCUCCAACAAAGUUGUCUCGGUAGCUAACGAGAAGUAUCAAAAGCUCAAGACCAAUUACCUCGCCGUCUUCUGGGCGUUCAAGCUUGCAGACUGGCUUCACGGUCCUUAUUUCUACUCGGUGUAUGCGAGCAAAAAACAUAAUGGGAAACCUCUCGGAGAGGAUUUGAUCGGAAAGCUGUUCCUGUGUGGGUUCGGGGCUUCCAUGAUAUUCGGGACAGUUGCAGGAAGUCUCGUGGACACGAUUGGAAGGAAGGCAGGAACUGCGACCUCCCUCCUCUUCUCAGCUCCAGAAGCCUGGCUGGUUGGAGAGCACGGAAAGCAGGGUGGUAAGGGAUCCUGGCUUUCCGGUCCUUCGGGUCCCUUCGAGCUUUCAGUUCUCUUCCUCUCCCUGGGAACAGCGCUGGUCGGGCUGAGCUGGGGUGAGAACUAUGGAGGAAACCAAAAAGUCAGCGCGAGCAAGAAGAACAUCUUCACUAGCCUGAGAGAUGCGAUGAGAAUCAUCCUCGAUGACAGGAAGAUCUUGUUGACCGGUUUGAUUCAGUCCUUGUUUGAAGGCGCUAUGUACAUCUUUGUAUUGCAAUGGCCACCAGGUGACAAGACGAUGGCACGUGUGAUGUCUUCUUCUCCUCCCUACGGGACCAUCUUUGCGUGUCUGAUGACAGCCUGCAUGAUCGGCUCCAGUCUCUUCGGCAUCCUUAUGAAGACAUCAAUGAUGAUUGAAACCAUCAUGAUCGGCAUGUUGGGAUGCAGCAGCAUCGCCCUCGCUCUCGCGGGUCAUAUCAUGCACCAUCUUCCCGACGCUUCAUUCGCCAUGCACGUCCUGGCCGGCUGCUUCCUCCUGUUCGAGGUCUGA